AUGGUGCGUUCCCAGGUAUAUGGACGGGCGUGUCUUCAUUGUUCUAAGUCUAAAUGUAAAUGCGUCAUUCGAGGAGAUGGCCAGGGGUGCGAGAGAUGCCAUCGGCUGAAUAGGCCUUGUCAGCCCGGCACCUCCACGCGGGCCCUGCAUGCCCAAAAGAACAACACCGUUGCGCGCAUCGCUCAGUUGGAAGGCAAGAUCGAUAGUCUUGUAUCCACGCUCGGGGCUGCUCGGGCACUGAACGACUCUACUGCGUCUUCCGAGACCACCCAGCCCUCGGCCAUCUCCAGCUCCAGUUCUCUCUCUGGCGAGGUCGCUGCCAUUCCCGAAGUAUCUUCGAGCGCACCGGAGCCUUCGCCCCAAGAGGCACUAGACAUAUUCCGGAAUCAGAUGCUCAAGUAUUUCCCAUUUCUCCAUAUUUCGGGCGACGCGCAACGGCUACGCGAGGAGCGACCCUUUCUGUUCCUCUGCAUCAUGGCAGUCACUGCUCGCUCAACCUCGACCAAACUUGCCCUAGGGGGAAAGAUUAGAAGAACUGCAACCGAACGUCUCUAUCUCUCCAAUGAGCCGGGGGCUGUCAACAUUGACCUCCUUCUCGGUCUGUUGACCUUUCUCGCUUGGGCGCAUGACCAUUUACUCCACAGCAGUGGGACAAGAUUAUCACGCGUCACGCAGCUCGCCAUGACUGUCGUUUUCGAUCUGCGUCUUAAUAAGCCACUUUCUGAAGAUUCGAAUUUGCUUCCUGUCGGGCUCCAUGGUGCUUGUGCCCCCUCGAAAGAACCCACGCGGACACUCGAGGAACGCCGAGCGGUGCUAGCUGUCUCAUCGUAUCUUGCGCAGAUUGACCCUAUGCAAUGGACGUCAUAUAUGGAUGAAUGUCUUGACGUACUGUCUCAGAGUAAGGAAUCACGCUAUGAUGAAGUGUUGGCCCAUCAGGUUCGGCUGCAACGCAUUGCGAACGAGGUGGAGAGUAUCCGAGGGGGAUCAACAGCCGUGCCGUUGCCAUUUUACCUCGAAGCUCUUCAGCGAAAGGUCAAUGAAGUGAAGAAAGCGAUAUCGCCUGAACUGCAGCAGGAGAGAACCCUCCUUGCCCCGAUAUACUACACCGAACUGAGCAUCUUCGGGCUUAUACGAGCCAGAAAAGAAGGCAUUCCCGACUUCCAAAGACUGGAAGCUCUCCAUGGAUGUCUCACCACCGCCAAAUUGGCAAUCGAUCGUUUCUUCGAGAUCCCAGCUAUCGAGUACCCCAGCAUCUCAUUUCCAUUCUUUGGCUACUUCGCCCGAACCAUCGUGGUCUUGUUCAAGCUCUCCAUCCUGAAUGACCCCAUCUGGGACACCGUCCUGAUGCGAUCGACCAUAGACGUGCUGCAGGUAAUGGACCGACUCAUCAGCAAUCUUCAGCAGGCUAGAGCCGCGGCUGGUGAUGAGUCGGCGGGUGGUCAUAUGGACAAUUCGACUCGCAAAUUUCGAUUGAUCCGAAAUACCACUGCAUCUCAGACUGCCCAGGAGAACAAUUUGCAGCUCGACUCGCUGCUGCUGGACUAUGGACUAUUGGAUGAGAGCUUGACAUCCGGGUUGCUGGAAGGGAUGCCCAUUCUUGACGGGAUGCUAUGGUAG